UAAGAGAGGUCACAGUUUUACACCAUCUUUUCGUACAUUAUCUAUACCUCUGUAGCCUUUUUUUGUUCCUUAAAUAGCCCCUUUCCCUAUCGAAAAUGAGGAUAACUUGACCGAAAUCGCUAGGAAAUUUGCGAGGGAGAAUUCAAAACAAGCAUGACGCAAGGCCUGGACACCCCCGUCAUCGCCUCCUCCCCUCGGCGCACAGGGACCCCAGGAGGAGGAGGAGGAGGAGGCAGAGGACCCCAUGGGCAAGCGCGGCGCCCUUCUUCCACCCCCAUCGCUUCCUCCAGCGAGAGACGCCCCCCGCGAAGCCCUCCGAAGGAAAGGUGGCGUCUCCUGCUGGUGUCGUCGAGGGCCAGGCAUGUGGACCCCGUGGCUCAGGCGCUGCUGCCGGGUGUCCUCAUGGUCACCUACAAAUAUGAGACGUCGACGCUCGAUCACAUCCUGGCCCAGGUCUCGACGGCGCUCGGUGGACGGAAGGUGGAGACGGUGGCGGUCGUCCUGCAUGGCUCGGAGGUGGAGCUGUACCUGUGUGGACCGGGGGAGAAGGUGUUAAGCGCUCACUCGGCCUCGGAACAGGUGUCAGUGAGGGAAUUCUUCAGUGCGCUAGUAAACGCCCACGUCGACAAAACGCUCAUGAACGCCCGCCUGGAUUUCUUGGCCGCCCAUCCCGCCCACGACGAACACGGGGCUAUCAUUGGGGUGCACCUGCAUGAGCUUUUAGGGAUCCCUGUGACCCUCGCCACUGACCUCCAAGCGAGCGACAUCGAGGUAGAGCCUUUCGUGCCCGAGGAUGGGUCAGGUCAGGCGUCGACGACCUUGGGGGCGCUCUACUUCGACCUCCGGAAGCUCAAGGAGGCGCUCAAGACGGCGGGGGGCGGGGUCAAGAAGAGGACGAAGGAUCUGGAUAAUGAUUACGAGAAAAUUCGCACGGUGGGGAAAGGUGCGUUCGGAUCCGCUGUGCUAUACCGGAGAAAGGAAGACGAUGCCAUGGUCAUUAUCAAGGAAAUCAACAUGCUAGAAUUAUCCGCGUCCGAACGACAGAUGGCUCUCAAUGAGUGCAACGUCCUAGCCAUGCUCGACCAUCCGAACAUCGUCAGCUACAUGGACAGCUUCGAGCGCGACACCGUCCUGUGCAUCGAGAUGGAGUACGCGGACGGGGGCAGCAUGCAACAGUACCUGACGCAGCAGGUGAAGCGCAUCGAGGAGCGGGAGAUUCUGAUCAUUUUCCAUCAAAUUGCAGCCGCGAUAAGAUACAUGCACGAGCAUCAUAUUCUGCACAGAGACUUGAAGACCGCCAACAUCUUCCUGACGAAGGCCGGGGUGGUGAAAGUGGGCGACUUCGGGAUCAGCAAGAUGCUCUCCACCAAGACGAAUCACGCCCACACAGUGCUCGGGACGCCCUAUUACAUCAGUCCGGAGAUGUGCGAAGGAAAACAGUAUGACGAAAAGAGUGAUAUUUGGGCCCUGGGUUGCAUCUUGUACGAAAUGGCGUGUUUGCAGAAGACGUUUGAGGGCUCGAAUCUGCCAGCACUCGUCAAUAAAAUUAUGAAGGGCCACUUCGCACCCAUCAAGGGAAACUAUUCGCCAGGGUUCAAACAGCUGGUGAGGGACCUGUUGCAGAGGGACCCCGAAUUUAGACCUACGGCUGCCGAGCUGGUGUCAGAGAGGCUGCCUGAACUCCUGGCACAGUUCUCCUACAGUCCCCUCGGUGUUGACGAGAUAGACGAAGAAAUUAAGCAGUCCAUCGAGGUGGCCAGGCAGUCGCAGGCGUCCAGGUCCUCCCGUCCCCCCCGCUCCGUCGUCUACCACAUGAAGGUCUACGAAUCCUCAAUCAGCCUGACCCCCGUGCCCCUCCCGCCCAGGUCAAGGGUCAAGGAGAUGGCUGUGUCGAAUACCCACAUCGUCUUGCUGACCUCCGAGUGCCUGGUCUAUACCUGGGGCGAGGGACGCAAGGGGCAGCUGGGGCACGAGAGCCUGGAGGCGUGGCGGGGGAGGCCCACCGUCGUCGAGAUCCUGAAGGGGAAGUCGAUCACCCGCGUGUGCGCCGGCGACGGCUUCUCCGUCUUCGCCUCCGACAACGGCAUCGUCAUGACCUGCGGCGACGGGACCUCCGGCUGCCUUGGCCAUGGCAACUGGAACAGUUCGGCCAAGCCAAAGCUCGUAGAAAGGCUCUUAUCGGUGGACGUAGGCGCCAUCAGUUGCGGCAGUCGACACGUGGUGGUGGUGGGCGGCGAGGGCGACGUCUACGCGUGGGGCAAGGGCGAGGGAGGGCGACUGGGCACGGGGCAGGAGGAGGACGCUGCCCUCCCGACGGAGAUCGAAAUCCCGGAAGAACUGCUAGUGACGAACGUGAAAUGCGGCGGCGACGGCACCAUCUUCAUCACCGACCAGGGCGCGAUGCUUGCCUGCGGAGCUAACACCAGGAACAAACUGGGAUUGAGCGAGGGAGGAGGUCUCUUCGGCAUCAAGUUGAAGCAUAAGGAGGUAGAGAAGGCGGUGGUGGCGACGCGUGUUAGGUGCAUCGGAUGCCGUGUCGUGGACGUGGCUAUGGGGCCCUCGCACACGGCCGUCCUCACCGAGACGGGCCAGGUUUUGACCUUUGGGAGAAAUUGUGAAGGUCAGCUGGGACGAGGAAACACUCGGUCCGUCAUUCAACCUGUUCUGGUCAAGAGUCUGGCUUCGAAGAUUGUUACGAUGGUUAACUGCGGUUCCACCUUCACUGUCGUUGGCACCUUAGAAAAUGCCAUUUAUCUGUGGGGCACGAGAGCUGUCAGUCCACUGUCGAGGCCAAACACGCAGGAAGGAUUUACGAACACUUGGGGACAGCGGAACGCACUUGGGUCGGCCGACACCAAAGACUCGAAGGACCCCGAUUUUGACUUCGCAGGACACGGACGGAGGCGCAGCAGCGGCAGCAGCAGCAACAGCAUCACCUCCACCCAGGAGACGCAGCGGCACCAGCGGGAGAUAAGGAUGAGUGACGUUCUCCUCAACCCGCAGGAAGUUUUAGCCCUUUACGCCUCGCCUGCCCAGAUAGCCAAGGGAGAGAUAGUUAACCUGGCCAGCCUCCACUGCCAGAAUCAGAGCAUCUUCCUCGUCGUCGAUACCACUGUGCCGCUUCCCAGGGCUGGAGUUGGCUCUGCCAUGGACAUGGGUAAAGCCACUUACCAAGAAGGAGGGAGAGGAGGAGAAGGCAACAAUAAGGAAGACAAAGGGGAGAUGGAGGAGGAAAAAAAUAUGAACGACGACAUGCGCAUAGAAGCUGAAAAGGACGACCUCGAGAUGGACACGAUAGGACCCGUCCCCGACUGGCUGAAAGCUGAACUCAACGAGGAGAGCGUGGAGUGGCCGGGAGGGAAAAACAAAGAACAGAAGAACAAAUCGCAGAACAGGGGCAAGAAGUCGACGGAGCAAGGCCAGUCGCAGAAAGGCCAAGCUGGUAGAAAUAAAAACAGAUUUAGCAAAAGCAGCAACAGCAACAACAGGCAGGGUAGAGUGGCAUCUAAGAAGAGCGAACGUGAGUUUGUUUCAUAGACGAAAUGUAAAAAUAAAUAGAUAGAUAAAUAAAAGGAUCGAGAGGCAUCUUUAGCUACUACAUUCCCUUUUUACACGCAUGACGCCUGGUCCCGCUACGUCUCCUCUCCCUUUGCCUCUUCCCUUUUUUAUCUUCUUUCUCCUGCUACCAUCCUCUUAUUUCUCCCCUUUCUCCUUUCAUCAUUGGUCUUCUCCCCUUCCUCUUCCAGUUCUUAUCUUUCUCUUCCCUUUUUCGUUCUUUAUCUUCCCCCUCCCUCUCCUAUUCCUCUCCUUCUUCCUUUCUCUUCCAUUCUUUAUCUCUCCCCUCCCUCUUCCAUUCUUUAUCUCUCCCCUCUCACUUCCAUUCUUUAUCUCUCCCCUCCUUCUUCCAUUCUUUAUCUUCACCUCUUCCUUCCUUCCUUUCUUCCUCCUCCCAUCCCUCCAUUUAAUCCUCGCCUCCCAUUCCACUCCUUCAGAAAUACCGUAGCUUAUGUAUUGUAGUUAAUCAUUACAGUAGGUAGAUUCUUCUUGUUAUUAUUGCUAGUGACUUUAUCCUUUAUCUUUAUCAUUCCCUUGUUUUCAUAUUCCAUUUUCGCUUUUCUUCCAUGGCAGCAUUUCUAUCGUAGUCAUUAUUUUCUCAAUUCCAUCUCUAUAUAAAAAAAACUGUUGUAAUGACCCGCAGUUUUUAAAAAAUAUAUAUUUUCUCAAAACAAUAAAUGAAGACUUUUUCUUAGAUAUAUAUGUUUUUUUUUGUGGCCAGCUGUAGAGUAUCUUUUUUGCCAAGGUGUAUGCUGUAGUUUGCCGUGUGCUGACGAUCUUGAUAUGCUGUAGUUGUAGUGUUUUCUUUUACUGAUUUUGUAGCAAAUUGUAUCUUCUUUUUUUGCCCUUAAACUAAAUGCUGUCAAAAUCUUUUCACCUUAAAUAUCCUGUUGUAUUUUUAUUGUUUUUUUCUCUAAUCAAUGUUACACCAAGAAUAAAGAUAAGCAGAUA